AAUUAAAACAUUUCGGAGAUGGACGAAGGGGAGAAGAUGAAAGAAGCGAUCACAGAGGUGAAGGAAGAUCCCCAGGAGUUGAAAGAAGGGAAGGAAGUGGUCCAGGAGGAGAAAGAUGGGAAGGAAGUGGUCCAGGGGGAGAAAGAUGGGAAGGAAGGAGACCUCUCGUGGGUCAACACCUUCGAGGACCUGUUGGAGGUAGUGGGCACCAACGGCCGCUGGAAUAUCCUUAUGUUCAUCAUGUGUGUCACCUCGGUGGCGAUAUCGCCGCUACAAACUUUGUCCUACCAGUUCCUCGGGGCGACACCUGACUACUGGUGCCACAUCGCCCCCCUGGUAGAGGCCAACUGGACGGACCAACAGAUACUCUCCCUCGCCAUUCCUUACAGCAACUCUACAGGGAAGUAUGAAGGAUGCCAGAUGCGCAACUACAACUACACGGCUGCGGCGCUGCUGGGAUACGAAGCCACCAUGAAGGACCCUUCCCUUGUACAGCAUGGGAACACCACCACCAUCAUCAAAUGCUCAGCCAGAGACUUUAACCACUCCCAGUACUCCUCCACCGUCGUCACUGAGUGGGACCUGGUGUGCGACCGUCGGGUGCUGUACUCUACCACCCAGGGCGUGGUGGAGGGAGGCAACAUCGUCACCUGCCUUGUCUUUGGCUACCUUAUGGAUACGUUCGGACGUCGUCCAAUAGUGCUGGUGUGUGUGGUUAUCAAAAUCCUGACAGGUUUCUUGGCUGCUGCCUCGCCCACCCUCGAGGUUUACAUUCUGCUCAAGUUCCUUGUCGCUGCCACUGACGCCGGGACAUAUCUUAGCAUCUUCGUGUUCGUGAUGGAGAUGUGUGCUAUCAAAUACCGAGCAGCAGUGGGUUGUCUUGUAGCAAUACCGUGGGCCAUAGGAUACAUGAUAACCCCUGGUAUAGCCUAUCUGGUGCGUCCUUGGAGGUGGCUCCAGUUUGCCUACGCCUUGCCUUCCCUCUACUGCAUCAUCUACUUCUGGCUGUUACCAGAUUCACCCCGGUGGUUGAUUACUGAGGGUCGCUUUGAGGAAGCUCUGAAGAUCAUGACCAAGAUCGCUAAUGUCAAUCGGAAACCGCUACCUUCUGACCCCGUCGUCCUCGCUGCUAUGGAGAACAUCGUUAAGCAGGGAACCCAUGAGAAGGGGGAAGAAUUGACCGACAGAGAGGCCACCAUCAUGUCUCGCUUCCUGGCAGUCAUAAAGCAGGUCGUCAUCUUGCUGACUAUACGCCAGCUUAGACUCAGAACCUUGGUCGUGUUCUUCUGUUGGUUCGCUGCAUCCAUGGUCUACUAUGGUAUCGCCCUCAAUGCUACAAACCUCAGCACCGAUCCAUACCUUUACAUCUUCCUGGGAGGUCUAUUGGAGGUGCCAUCGUACCUGAUCUUGUGGCCGGCACUCGUGUACAUAGGGAGGAAGAAGUCCCUGGUGGCCCUCUAUCUUAUAUGUGCCGUCUGUAUCUUUGCCGUGAUGGCAAUAAUCCUUGUAUAUCCUGGAGGAGAGCACUUGGCCAAGGUCUUCUUCUCACAGAGCGGUAAGGUGGCGGUAACAGCGGCCUUCCAAUUAGUGUGGAUGUACACGGCAGAGCUCUUCCCUACCAAGUACCGUUCUUUAGCUGUGGGGGAAGCUAGCUUCUGCGCACGCGUCGGCAGUACUUCGUCACCGUAUAUUAAUGAUAUUCUGGGAGGUUACACCGUGUGGGCACCGGCGGCGCUCUUCGGGACAGUCUCUCUUAUCUCCGCUGUGCUGUCACUCAUCCUGCCAGAGACAAGACACUGCACUCUGCCGGAAUCCAACGAUCUUUUCUCCAAGAAGAAGGACAAGGAGGCAGACAGAGGAGGAAGCAAGGAAACAUCCCUGGAGGAUGUGAGGCAAGGGGUGGUCAACCUGUCAUACAACCCAGAGACGGGCCAACCGGGGGCGGAGAGAUUAUGAGAAUAAUGUACACCCAUCUUGUGAUAGCAAGAUGAUGACUAUCUUUAAACCUCCGUGACGGAUAACCGGAGGGGGAGAGAGCACAGGACUAUAUCCUAUAACAUUAUACUGGGCCUCAAGACCCACGGACAACAAAGACAUAAGGAUAUUCUCCUCCAAACAAACUUUCAAGACUCUGGAAUUCACGGCCAAUUUUAGUACUAAUUUAGUAACUUUUAGAUAAUAACGUCAUUGUUAACGAACACAACACCACAUCGUUUUACCAACUGUUUGUUAAGCAUAAUGACAUUACUUGAGUCUGCGUAUCGAGCACCUGCAGAAGAUAUUAACAAAAUAACAUAUACCAAAUAAUUUUACCCCCCCAAACACUCAAGGCAAUCUCCUCAGCGUCUCUUCAUAUUUAGAAACAUAGGUCGAAGACACCGAGUCGUGUCAGCUGUCACCUCGACGUGAAAACUCAAGAUAAAACUAUUGCUAGCAACGACCAUGCCAUAUAUCGCCGAUAGGAUCUUUUUUUUUUCUAUUAUUAUAUCUUUAUCAUUUUGAGUUUUUGGAAAAUUCCAAGAUAUGCAACAUUCCACGGUGGUAUUGAGGGCUGUAUGUUAAAAAGGACUCCAUUAAACUACCUAAGAGAAACACAUCUUCGUGGACGGACGGGCGGUGUCUAUUUGUAUAUCCUCACAACGGGGGAUAAAAAUCUUUACACGAUGAAAUCUGUGAUUUUAAACCUUGUUUACUAUCCAACAGAA